AUGGCCAAACGUGUAUGCAUCAUCGGCGCCGGCCCCUCCGGCCUCGUCGCCGCAAAGACCCUCCUUCACAACGCACCAAAGGGCGCAUUUGACGUGACAAUCUUCGACACCCAACGACGCAUCGGCGGACUAUGGCCCACGCGCCGCGAAGAUGUCGACGGCCUCGUCCACCCCCUCAUGCUCGCCAACCAGAGUAAGCACACCGUGCAGUUCAGCGAUCUCGCCUGGGCCCCCGAGGACCCGGACUUCCCGCGCGCCUGGAUGAUUGGCCGGUACCUGGAACGAUACCUCGAGCACUACCUUAAGGGCGCCGAAGCCGCCGCCGCCGCCAAUGUGAAGCUUGGUCACCGCGUCAUCGAGACAGAACUCUCUGACGACGACGGCUCAUGGACCGUCACCGUCGAGAGCGACGCCGGCGGGAGGGAGACGAGCGUGUUUGACUACCUGCUCGUAUCCUCCGGCUACUUUGGCAAGCCCAUCGUGCCGGACGUCGUCUCUGGCGGUACCGGCACGGAGAUUCCCGUGGUUCACAGCAGCAAAUACCGCGAUCUUCAGACCCUGUUCCCGGGCGGCGUGAAGAACGGCGGCAAGAUCCUGGUUGUGGGAGGGCAGAUGUCUGGCGUCGAGAUCGCUGGGACCAUUGCCACGCACAUUUCCUGCGCCGUAAACGCGCCGGACCCGAGCCCUGUGCCGAACGCGGAGAAGCUCACGGUUGAGCAUCUCACGCAGCGUCCGACGUGGGUGUUUCCCCUCCACACCACACCAAAGCCCGUCGCAACAGCAGCCCCCUUCCUACCCCUAGACUUCCCAUCCUACAACCUCAGCAACCGCCCCCAACCCCUUGAUAACAGCCAAGGCCACAUCACCCCAGACGCCGCACGCCUAACCCACGGCAUCUACACAAUCUCCCUUGGCCAAGACCAAUCCGACUUCUCCCCGUCCGUCGCCGUAACCCCCAAACACCACUCGGACCCAGCCUACCUCGCCGUUUCGGAGAACUACAUGGAAUUCGUCCGCGCCGGCCUCAUCAACAUCACGACCGGCAAACUCGACUCCAUCACCGGCACAACCGCAAAGAUCACAAACCCUUUCUCCUCCUCCUCCACCGCCUCCGACAUCGAAAACAUCGCAGCCGUCAUCCUCGCAACAGGCUUCGAUCCCUCCCCCUGCCUCUCCUUCCUUCCCUCCUCCGUUCUCACGACCCUGAAACACUCCCCCUCUCAUCCCUCCCUCCCCCUUGCCCUCUCCUUUCACGGAACCCAAGUCAAAGACCUCCCGACCCUCGGUUUCGUAGGCUUCUACAGAUCUCCCUACUGGGGCGUAAUGGAAAUGCAAGCCCGCUUCCUCUCCGCCCUCUGGACACCAACCUCCAUCAGCCCGCGCCCACCAUCCCUCACCGAAGCCCUCCUAGACGACGCCUCCGACUGGCGCACCGUCUCCCUCCGUGACGACCCUCGCGCCUCCCAAUUCCCAAUGGGCGACUACGCCUACCUAAUGUCCCAAUUCUCCCUCGCCCUCUCCAUACCCAUCUCUCCGCCCGCCUCACCCCUAACCCCAGCCCUCCCACACAACAACAAACCAAUGGACAUCCUCACCCCAGCACGCUACCUCUCCCCCCUCGCCUCCGAAUCCGCCAAAGCAGAAGCCGAAACCUCCCUAGCACAAACAAAUAAGACUGCGAUCGCAGGCCUAACGACAUCCCGCUUCGUCCCCCGCGCCGUCUUCCGCAGCUUACUCGGAACAUGGAAGCUAGAACGCGAUCUCACAAGUAGACUACCAAGCCACCCAAGCGGCCACUUCAGCGGCACAGCACAAUUCCUCCUCCGCAACAAGACCGCCGACGGCCUCAAGUGCGCCGCCAGCACUUCCACCCCAGAGGAAAACUCCACAGAUACCGACGAUGACGCCCUGGCAACGGAAUACCUCUACAUCGAAGACGGCGAGUUCCGCGCCUCCAACGGCCUCGUCUUCCGCGCAACCCGCCGCUACGUCUGGCGCUACGACGAGAAGAAAGACAUGAUCAGCGUCUGGUUCGCAAAAGUCAACAAGCCGAAGAAGGCAGAUUACCUCUUCCACGAGAUCGAGUUUGAGGGCCCACCGCAAGACGACCGGAAGCCUUGGCAGGCAAAGGCUGGGCACCUCUGCAUUGACGAUUAUUAUGAUGUCAAGUACGAUUUCGCGUUCAAGGCUGUGAACCUCAAGGAGUGGAAUAUCCAGUAUACUGUCAACGGGCCGCAGAAAGAUUACACGAUACAUGGCAUCUAUAGACGAUAG